CGGUACGGGCAUGUGCUGCCAGUCGCUGAGCAAGUGUCGUGAGGAAACAACUAUCCUGAGCUUCGAAACAAUUCAAAAAGGGCUUGUUGGUUGAUCAGUAAUCGACGAGCACUCGAGCAUACGAACAAAUAUUUACACUUUACGGUUUUACUAUUAAUUAAGCGCCCCUUUAAUAUCCUGCAAAUCCUUCAAGUGUUUACGAGUGAAGUGUUUUAUUUUCCAACAAGUGCAUUAAGCCAGCUACCGAAGGUAGAUUCAACUGCCAAAGGGGCUUUCUAGAAAACUUCAGAGACAACAUUUACAGAAACACAACACUUUGUCCGCGAUAUUCGUUAUCAGUCGAGGAAACAUAAAAAUCAUAAUGACGUCGCUGGCGGUAAUGGAACUGAAUAACAACAACAUCCCCAACUGUGAUGAGAGCAGGAACGAGGAUUGCGAAAAGUAUCUACGCGAGCUAACGAAAACCUUCACCGGCAUCGACAAACCGUUGAAGAACGCGAGGAAGUGCGAAACAUUGACCGAUUUGAUCGGGGAACUGCGCAGAACUUUCGAUUCGGACCAUGUAAACAUCGAGUACGUGAACCACCUGAUGCUGAGCUACCAGUCGAAUCCGGCAGAAUGGCGAAAGUUUGCCAAAUUUGACCGAUAUCGCUACACAAGAAAUCUGGUAGACGCCGGAAAUGGCAAGUAUAACCUGAUGAUUCUUUGCUGGAACGAAGGUCAUGCCUCAGCCAUACACGAUCAUGCCGAUUCGCAUUGCUUCAUGAAGAUGCUGAAGGGACAGCUGAUGGAGACGCGCUACGCAUGGCCCAAGGAUGCGGCAGUAACGGAAGACAGUAAGGCAGACAUCGGCAAUGGUCAAACUGGACAGGAAGAGGUCGAAUACAACGGAGACGAGCUGGAAGAGCUUUCCAGGAGCACGCUGGAAACAAAUGGUGUGUGCUACAUUAACGACACGCUCGGAUUGCACCGGGUAGAGAAUCCUAGCCAUACCGAUGUUGCCGUAUCGCUACAUCUGUACUGUCCUCCAUUCGAUGUGUGCUCGAUCUUUAACAAACAAAACGGCAAGCGUACCAAGUGCAAGGUUACUUUCUGGAGCAAGUUUGGCAAACGAGAAGCCAAUAACGUGAACUAGAGUUGCAUUGCUGAUCCGUUGGCAUGCAUCGACUGAUGAUCGCAAGUGAUAGCGCGAAAAGAAUGGAUGCAUGGAUAUUGUUUUGCAUUUCAACUAGUUAGUAAUUCCUCCAAGAGAAAUGUAGGGCUGUAUUUCAAAUAAGAUAAUUAUAUGAGAUUAUUGUUUAAAUCAUAAGCUGCCCAAUUUUCGGGCACGAAUGUUUGUUACGAAUUAAUAAAAUGUUCAUACAAA